CCAAUGGCUGCUCCUUUGCUACUCAGGGGCAUCCCGCUCCUGCGCCUUCGGCUGGCCGCCAGGCUCCUCGCCCCGCCCCGAAAAACUAUAUGUUCAGCCACAUCUUCCGAGCCGACUCAGCCGGACGAGAACUUAAUUUCUGAAGACAAAACCACCGCAACAGUCUUCACCAUGAAGGACCCUCCCAACUACAACAAGUGGAACGCUCCUGAUUACAGGAAGUGGGAAGAUAAAGAGAAUGAGAUUCUUCGAGAUAUCCAGCCUAUAAUGUUUCUUGCCAAAGAGAUUAUUCACUCCGACAGGUAUAUGGGUGGAGACCGUCUAACGGCAGAAGAUUCGAGAGCUGUGGUAGAAAAGCUUCUUGUUUAUCAUCCACAUUGUGAAGAUAAAGUUGGAUCUGGUCUUGAUUCCAUUAUGCAAAUUCUCUAUGGGAAUAUUGUCUUAUAAACCAUGUGAUUGCUUCACCUAAAGGAGACUAAUCAGAAAGCAUCUUGCGUGGUAAUCAUCAUGGAACCGAUACUCUUAGUUUCUUCAAGAGUGGGUGAUGAAGUUUUUUUUUAUUGCUUAAUUCUGGAUAUGGCAUAAUGUGCUGUAGGCUAAAAUCGUUCCUCCAAAUAAUAAUUUAAAUUCUUAGCUAUUUUUUUUCCAAACACUGAUACAGAUGAUGCUGGAUCCAUUUAUUGUUUGCCAGCUUCAAUUAGGCCACUGAAGAAUUAGCUAACACAGAAAAGCACCAUUUUGAAUUAAUUACAAAACUUUUUUAAUCUCUUCGAGCUGAAUUUUCUCAUGCCAUAAGUGCACUUUUUAUCUUUUCUAUGUUUGAGUCUGCAACCACAAGAGUACAACUUAAACAAUAUCGAAUAACUUUCUUUCCGUAUUAUUUGUUGUGUUUCUUAUGGAUGUUGGUGUAAAAUGUUCAGUCGUCCUUAUGUUAA